AACGGACGAGAUGGGGGCCGUUCACACCGAAUGUGUAAUGCUCGCGUCUGUUCUGUUUUCCCAUUGUUUAAACACAUGCUGGACGAAUGUCUUUGACAUUUGCACCGCGUCUCGCUUUUUCUUCAGCAUCUUGCGCAGGACCAGCAUAUUUUAAACACAAUGUCAAAUAAAAAAUUUCCAAACAGAGAGACACCUGCGCACUGUUUCAUUCUGUGUGCUGCGUCUAGAUUGUUUUUAGCGCAGUUAUCACAAAUAUUUUACAUUCUAAACAAGUUCAGCCGGCAUAGGAGACUGUUGCAUUGUUUCAUGCUUCCAUAUUGUUUUGAACCAGGUGAAGUUAAGUUUCAUUAAAUUAACGUUACAGCUUGACUGAGAAGAGAGACACCACUUCAUGAUGAAGCUGCUUUGCGGUUUUACAUUGUUAUUAGCAAUUGUUGUUGCCUAUUACAUCUACAUCCCAUUGCCCAGGACAAUUUCAGAACCAUGGAAACUGAUGGUGUUGGAUGCAACAUUUCGGGGGGUUGUAUGGAUGGGUGAUGUUUCUCACUCACUUGGUCUGAGCCAUAGUGUUCGUGUUAUCAACUUUGCUAUAACCAGUUUUGAGAGUCUGGUGCCUGUGACAAACAAAGAAAUCCAGGUUGAAGAUACCCUGUUUGAUGGGGUCCAUGUGCGUGUAUACCACCCUCCAGGAAAAGAAGGCAAGCUGAGGCGGGCAGUGGUGUUCAUCCAUGGAGGUGGAUGGGCCCUGUGUGCACCAAAGUUGGGAUCAUAUGACUGUCUUUGCAGACAAAUGGCAGAUGAUCUGGAUGCAGUGGUUGUAACAGUCGACUAUCGCAUGGCUCCUGAUGUACACUUCCCAGUGCAGUAUGAGGACUGUGUGCAGGCUACUAAGCACUUCCUUAGGCCAGAAGUACUGGCGCAAUACUUUGUGGAUACAGAGCGAAUAGCAGUGUGUGGAGACAGUGCUGGAGGGAACCUGGCUGCUGCUGUGGCUCAACAAAUUGGAAUAGAUGACAGCACCUCGGUAAAAUUCAAACUUCAAGUCUUAAUCUACCCUGUGCUUCAAGCAUUAGACUUCAACACAGCUUCCUAUCAGCAGAACCAGAAUGUUCCCAUCUUGUAUCGCACACUAAUGGCUCGUUUCUGGUUGGAGUACCUAGGUGCCAACCCUGAACUUAUUCAUUCCAUUCUGAUUAACAACCACACGGCCCAAGAUGAGAGGCACUUGUCCUUGAACCUUUCUAAACUUGACUGGACCACUCUCCUCCCUAAACGAAUGAUUAAGCAUUAUAAGCCUGUUUUCCCUGUUACUGGGUCACCCAGUAUCUUUAAGGAGGUACCAGCAUUACUGGAUGCCAGAGCCGCACCAUUACUUGCAAAUGAGGAGGUUUUGCAUAUGGCACCACGUGCUUAUAUUCUGACCGGUGAGCAUGAUGUUUUGAGGGAUGAUGGGAUAAUGUAUGCCAGGAGGUUGGAGCUGGCAGGGGUCUCUGUUACAAAUGACCAUUAUGAAGAUGGUUUCCAUGGCUGUGUGAGCUUCGCAUUCUGGCCCUUAAAAUUCUCUGUCGGAAUACGGGCAGUGAAGAAUUAUAUAGCUUGGCUUGAUGACAAUUUGUAAUUCUUUGGCCUACAUGUUAUUUGUUACAAUUAUGCCAAAAAAGCACACGUUACUAGCUAAUACGAGCACUCAUUUGCUCAUUAAGUCAAGUCAUUUGAACAAGAAUGAGGAUUUGUUGUUUAUAUAUUGUAGAUGGAGUAAAGUGGUUAAAAGGCUCAUGCUAAUGAAUUUAAGUAAUUCAUGUUCUGCCAUUAUUUUAAAGAAACUAUAUUACUGCUUUCAGAUAAAGGUUUACACAUUUAAUUGUAUUACCAAUGUACGAAGAAUCAAAUAACAAAGGAAUUCCUCUUCAAACCUUUGGUCUUGCUACAGCAAAAGUUUACCCCAAAACGAAAAUUCUGUCAACAUGUUGUUCCAAACCUGUAUGACUUUCUUUCUUCUAGGAAACACAGAAGGAGAUGUAAGGCAGAAUGUUUAUGCUCAGUCACCAUUCACUUUCAUUGUAUGGGAAAAAAUAUGCAAUUAAAGUUAAUGGUGACUGAGGCAAUCAUUCUGCCUAACAUCUUCUUUUGUGUUCCAUGGAAGAAAGUCAUAAGGGUUUGGAACAAUGAAAACAAUGACAGAAUUUUCAUUUGUGAAUAAACUGUUUAAUCUAGGCAAGUACAAUAUGUGCACAUGUAAGCCACACUUUAUUCAUUGUCAUUUUACUGACUGAUUAAAUUAUCAUUACUACUAAUACUGUUAUUAACAACAACAAAAAAGUAUUAUCUCACCAUGCAAUCCAUAACAUUUAUAGUUAUAGUUUAUAGUUAGACUUCCAGUUUACUUCAAAGAUCUUAAAUGGAGGCAGAGGUUAUCUCAUGCUUACUGUGAAAUAUGAGUCAAUAAAGGAGUGUCAGAUAAAAUUGUUUUGGAAGUGAACAUAAAUACUGAAGUGCUAAACCAUUCUGGAUGGCUUCCUAAAGUCUUCCUAACUCCUACACGCUGGGCUUCAGGACAUGACAUGAUCUUAAAAAGUGAUAUGUUUAGUCGUUUAUUGAGAUCCUGUAUCGCCUAUCAAAGAACAAAUUCAAAAUUUGAAUGAUUGACCUAUCAAAGAAGAAUUAUGUCUUUUAAAAUUGGCAAUAGUGCCACAAUUCUGCCCUCUAGCUAUCAAGAUGAUGAACUGGUUGGAAAGUAUUCAGUACCCAACUCUGAAGCUAGGCUUACUAAAGGUCCUAUAAGAUAAACAUAGUCAAACAUUUUUAAUGAAUCUGACAUGAUAGCAAAUACAUGAGACACACACAUUU